AUGAGUUCGGAAGCAAUGAAUAAGCGGAAGCUUAUCGCCGCAAUUGCAGACGAGGACACCGUCACGGGGUUGCUUUUAGCUGGUGUGGGUCAAGUUUCCAACGAACCAGGCAAGGAGACCAAUUUUUUGACGGUUGUGCCGGGAAAGACCUCGGUUGAUGACAUUGAUGAGGCGUUCGACACCUUCACAAAGGAAAGAGACGAUAUUGCUAUCUUGUUGAUAAAUCAGCACUUGGCGGAUAUGAUAAGGUUCAAAGUCGACGGGUAUACCAAUGCCUUCCCCGCAAUUUUGGAGAUUCCUUCAAAAGACCAUCCGUACGACCCAGAGAAGGACUCGAUCUUGAAGAAGGUGAGAAGACUCUUUGGAGAGUAA